GGCCGCGGUUCGCUGGUGGGGUCAACAGGAGUUUCCGGAAGUGGGCAGGGGCAGGCUUUCUUCCGGAGUGGGUUGGGAAAAAAUGGCGGCGGCGGUCCGUGCGUUCCCGGCGGUGGCACGGAUGCUUGUGCUGUCAAGGCACAGUCUGUUGUCUCCUUUGCUCAGCGUGACAUCACCCAGACGCCUCUACAGAGGAGACAGCCCAACAGAUUCCCAAAAAGACAUGAUUGAAAUACCUUUGCCUCCGUGGCAGGAGAGAACCGAUGAGUCCCUAGAGACCAAAAGGGCCCGGCUGCUGUACGAGAGCAGGAAGAGGGGGAUGCUGGAGAACUGCAUCCUCCUCAGUCUCUUUGCCAAAGAGCACCUGCACCAAAUGACGGAGAAGCAGCUGAACCUCUAUGACCGCCUGAUCAAUGAGCCCAGUAACGACUGGGAUAUCUACUACUGGGCCACAGAAGCAAAGCCAGCCCCGGAAAUAUUUGAAAAUGAAGUCAUGACACUGCUGAGAGACUUUGCCAAAAACAAGAACAAAGAGCAGAGACUGCGGGCCCCGGAUCUGGAGUACCUCUUUGAAAAGCCACGUUGAGCCUUGUGCGUGUGCAGCACGGCCCCCGGCUCCCUCGGCUGCUGCUUCUCUCCCUCCCAGGACCCACAUGUAGAUGAGCGGUGUGACUUGCUCUGGCACUUUCUGGUUCAGUUUUGACCUAUCUAAAUGGUUUUCCGUGUUGCUGCCUCUCAGGUCUGGCUUGAACCGCUGGCGCCAUUAGCAAGUUUGCCACCAGAUGGCACUGUAGGAAAGCAGCUGUGCUGGUGCAUUGCUUCUGCCCCCAGUGCUCCCUGAAAGGGGCCAGCGCUGCACCUGCUGUAGGAGCAGCCCCCCACCCCAGUGCUCCACGGCUUUGUCAAAGUGAAAUCCCCCUCCCUACAACCUGGUGUGGUCUUUCCUGUCCAAGGAAGCUGAUCCAGUCCCACCUGAGCUGAACAAUUGAGAAACACAGCGGGCGGAAUGAGACCGUACUGCCUACGUGUCAACAUCUUGAUUGUUAGGUUUUCUUUAAACCACGCACUUUGUAAAUUGUGAGAUAAUUGACUAUUAGAGAAUAAAGAUGAAAAGAAAUUUAUAGUA